CGCGCUGUCAGUGGAGCGUGCUGUGGUGAAUCAGCGACACGAGCGAGCACUACAUUAGGAAGUCGCAUGCGCACAUCUGAACACUUGUGGUCGUGGAGGAAGCAGAUGGACUGGUUUCUGUGUGAGAGAUCUAGUCAAACAUUGACACUCCCUCAACACAGACAUGUGCUUUGAGGCUAGGUAACAUUAAAAAAAAAAUGUUUUGACACGUCCCACUGGGGGAGGGUGAGAUGAAAUGCACCACACACACACACUAACUCAGACACUGAAUGACUGGCUGCUGGUGUGUUCAGGUAGGGAUCAGUCUCUGCUAAUGUUCAGCUGGCUUCUUUCCUAGAGCCUCAGCUCGGUUCCUCUGGUCUUUCAGCUUUACAUCACUCCAAGCUCCUCAGAUGUUUGAAGCCACAUCCUUUCAUCUGGUGUUUCUGUGUGAAGAUGGAGGGUGUUCUGGAAGUUACGCUCUGUCUGUGUGUGUGCAAACUGAUGAGCAGCAUGCUGCUGUGUUCGUCUGUGGUCACACACGCCAUCACUGCGGUUAGUCUGUGCUGCAGCUGCCUGCUGUUAUUUACAGACCUUGCUGUCACCAUGUUUUUACUUUACGUCUGGCUCAUGGAGUCCUCUCUGACACCUUUUCACGUGUCUUCGGAUGUCAUCGCCCUUCGAUUCCUGCUCUUCCUUUGCCAGGCCUACGGUGUUGUGUUGCUGCUGAUGCCACCUUUGAUUGCUGUGGAGUUGUUGGUUGAGCUGCUUUGUCAAGAUGGGCGACUUAAGGGACAAGAUGCGAGACAGCGAGAUGCUAGUGAAUCCCUCUCUAUGACAGUUGGCUAUUUGGGAUGUCUUCUAGCAUGGAGCGUGAGCGGGAUCUACAGCAGCCAUGACUGGACGCUGGAGCAGAUGUCAGUGGAAACCUGUCGGGAAAAAGGUGGCCAUCUUCUCACCUGCCUUCCCAGCACUGAUGAGUUUUCCUGGGUUCUUCCUGCUGUGGUUGUCCUGUUGAGCCUGACGGGGAACUUGGGCCUGUUCAGGAUGAAGGCGUCCAGAAGACAGCCCGACUCAUUUGAAAACACACAGACGGGUGAGAAAAAAGACUGUUUGGGCCCUGGGCUAAUGCAUACGUCUCAAACUCUGGUUGACUCAGAAAAAACACCCAACAGCUGCUGUGUUCACAUGGCUGGGUUUGUGUAUGGUGAGCCACGAUGGAUCUGUCCUGGGAGCGGUGUCCAGUGCAUUCAACAAACCCGUCUGGCAGACAGUUCAAAGAAACAAAAGCAAUCAUCCAGCCAUGCAACAUUAGCUCAGUCCAAAACCGAUCUUCUUCUGGAUGUCACAUCAUUAGCGCUCAAAAUGGAGAAAUGUGUAUUUAACAAUAUAGACCCAAAGUCUCAAAGAAGACACUGUUGGUUUACAAAAAGGGAAAGCCCCUGCUCAGGGCGAGAAAUCUUGACAGGGUUGCUAUGCAUGGUUAUGGUUUGUGUUUUUCCCACAGUCGUCAGUGGAAAUAUUCUUCUAAUCUUUAACCUGGAGAAUUUGGUGGUGUACAGCUUGAAACUCUUAUCUCUGUCAGUCAACAGAGCACCAGCUCUGUAAUUGUGUGUCUGUGUAUAUGUAUUUAUUUAACCCUCUGGUGACAUUGGAAAUGUGAGCUGUGGUCAGAGGAAUCCACAUUUCAACUUGUUUCUGGAAAAAAAUGGAUGUCGAGUUCUCAGUCCCAAAGACCAAAUGGAGCAUCCAGACCCUCAUAUGUGACUGGCAUAUGUGUUGAGGUACCAUUGACAUGGUGGCAUAUAUUUAGAUUUUACAGAGACAUAUACUGCCAUCAAGAUGAGGUCUUUCAUGGGAAGUCCAUAGUUAUUUGAUCAAGACAAAGCCAGGUCUCAUUCUGCACAUUAGUACAAAAAUAUUUGAUUACCAACUGACUUUUUAUUCAACGAUUUAUUUCACAUUUAACAAAGGCGGCAUUAAUAAAAUCAGUUUUAAACCGAUUGCAAAAGAGGAAUCGUGUCGGAUAUGGGCCAUUCUACAGAAUUGGUCCACAUUUAAGUUUUCAAAUUUUACAGUAGAUGUUUACUAAUAUCCUUUUAUUCUCUAUUGAAACCCACAAUCAUAUUUAAAAUAUUAGUAAGCUUAUGAAGUCUUCAUUUAUUGGGUACUUACUAUUGGGAGGGGGCUGUCCCGAAUCCUAACCCCUAAAUUUCAACUUAUGAAAAUGAUAUUGAAAUAAUUUUUAAUUUAAUAACAUUUAUGUCUGUCUCUCUCAUAGCUACAGGGUGAGUAGACAGGCCCAUCAUUUUGAGGUAAAUGUGUUCAAAAGUCUGAAAAAUCUCUAACUCUCAGGAACAGCACUACCGAACACCCUUUUUCUGCAAUUAAGCACACUUUUUUUUAGGAGUUAUUCCAUAUCAUUUAAUUUCUAUGUGUGCUAGCUCACCAUGUGCUGAUUUGAAUCUUUGAGAUCGGUUCAAAGGUGUCUAAAAUUGUCACUUACGAAAGAGUCACUACAUAUGGUGCAGUUUUGGUAGUGACAUCUGUUUUCUUUUUUGGGUUGUUAUCUCAUAAAAUGACCGAAACAAGUCAUCAUUGUUUCGGCAGUGACAAAAGGGAACACAUAAUCUUCAUAUUUGGGCUAAAUAAACAAAAUUUAACUAAAGUUAUGCAAUUUUUUUAGUGUGCAAGUAAAAUGAAUAUGAUGUGGUCGCUACCAAAGCAUCACUGUCAGUAACGAAAAUGUGCAGUCACUACUGAAACAUGGGAUGUUGUCAAAAAUAAACUAUACUGAAUUAUCAA